UUGACAAGUGGUUCAAGGUUCGAUGACUGUUGUGAGCUUCACUCUUUAUCCCUAAUCUAAUGAGUAAAAUGAUAUAUAUCCCCUGAUAUACCAAUUCAGUCAUGAACCAGUAUUUUACUCCACCUAUCAUAGGGUUGGAAAUAUUUUGAGAAAAACCACCGAAAGAGUAAAGAUAGGAUCACAUUCCAUUACAAAACCACCAAGUAACUACUCAAAAAGCAAAAAGAAAGAAAAAGCAAGAUAGAUUUUAUCGAAGAUGAGGUUCACGGAAGGUCGGAUUUAGUCGAUGCUCUGUUUCCUCUGUCUUGGGUGCUGAAAGUAGGAUUUGGUGAAGACGAGAGUUUUUCCGGCGAAAAUAGAUUUUGGAUUUAAGGAGCAAUCCAAAAUCUUCAUUUGAUCUUGCAUCAACCCCAUUAAAGCUCUAUGUGAGCAUUUUGAAUCUGAUUUUAUAUCAAAGUUUUGAUUUAUAAUAAUGGCUACCCCUGAAAAUAAGGGUGUUGCAAUUUCUGGGAAUGAGAAAAAUGGGGUUGAUCCAAUUCCCAAUACCCAUGUUUCAUUUGGGCAAUUGUUGGAUUUGGGUGUUAUUAAUCAAUUUGGGCAAUUAUUGGGUGAUUAUAGCAGAUUGGAUGAAGACCUCUGGCUCUGUGAUCAUGAGGAUGAUGAAUCAAUGAAUGCUUUGGAUAAUGGCUAUGAAGGGCUUAAAUGUCAAAUUACUCCAUCUAAAAUCAGUCGCAAGGGAAAGGAAGGGUUGUCUACAUGUAUAAUUGCUGACGAUUCAGGGAAUGAGCGUGUUGUUGAGACUAGUAAAAAGCUAAAAAACAAAUCGAAGGAUGAUGUUGUUGAUGUAUCUCAGGAUGUUGCUCGUUCUAGAAAAAAGCAGAAAAUAGAAAAGGAUAAUGAAGAUGUUAAGGAUUUGAAUGAUUUGCAAUCUACUAAGGAUUUGAAUGAUUUGCUAUCUACUAAGGAUUUGAAAUCUAUUGAGGAUAUUCCUGCUAAAGAUGUCAAAUCUGCUGAGGAUAUUCCUGCUGAAGAUGUUAGAUUUACCGAGAAUAUUCCUAUUGAAGAUGUCAAAUCUACUGAGGAUAUUCCAGCUGAAGUUGUCAAAUCUGUUAAUGAAAAGAAACGAAGAGGUCAUAGAGCUGUUGCUGAUUCUAGUCAAGAAGCUGAUGUAAAGCCUUAUGUUGAGGAUGUGACUGUCGUUGCAAAGAAACAAAGAGGUCGUAAAGCUGCUGCUGAUUCUAGUCAAGUAGUUGAAGUUGUAAACGUUGAACGGAAAGGCCAAGAAUGGGAUGAUGAAGUUGUCGUGCGAUGUAGACCAGCUGGUGUUGUUCAAUUUAUGAAAAAGACAACCGAUAAACAAAAGACAGCUAUUGAAUCUAUUGGGUUUGGUAGUUUGGCAUCAAUCAAGUUACAAAUAUUUCCAAGGCAAAUGAUUCGCUGGCUUUGUGAACACUUUGAUGCAAAGUCUUGUUCUUUUAAGCUACCUUCUGGACAAACUUAUAAGUUAACAGCUGUUGAUGUCCAUGAUGUUUUUAAUAUACCCAUGGGUCCUUUUUCUGUUCCCAUUUCUGGUAGACGACAAGAUUCUGAGUUGAAGGUUUCUUGGAGGAAAAAGUAUACCGGUGGUAAUAGAGACAUCACUGUUCCACUUUUGGUUAACAAGAUGAAAAGUGAUAAGGGUAUGUUAAAAGGCAAUGAUGAAUUCAAAAGAUGUUUUGUGAUGUUUGCCAUGAUUACAUUACUUGCUCCCACAACAAAUAGACAAGCUGAUUUGAAACUAGUUUUAGCUUUAGAGGAUGUUCAGAAAAUCGGUAGGUAUAAUUGGUGUCAAUAUGUUUUGGACGAUCUAUGUGAUAAGUUGUCAAGUUACAAUGAUUCAGUGAGAUAUGUUGCUGGGUGUGUACUGUUUCUUCAGAUUUAUUAUUUCCAUAGGGUUCAAAUUCAAGGCAAUGUACUGGAUAGUUCAUUGCCAUUGAUUGGGUGUUGGACUGAUGAGUUAAUAAAAAAAAGAAUAAGCCUUGAAAAAGGAAAUUAUGGUCAAGUUGUGUUAAGUGGAGUAUCAUACCCUAUUAUUAAGGCUGGGAAUGUUGGUAAGAGUACAAAGGUGCAAAAGAAGGAAAAAAAUUUAGUUGAGGAGAAAAAAGAAGAGAACAUAAGAAGAGAUAAAGAAGAACAAGGAAAGAAAGAAAAAUUCCAUGCUACUGCAAGCUGCCCCAAGAAUGAUAACCAUGAAAUAGGAAGGUUGUUCAAGAUAGCAUGUAAAAGUAAAACUCUGUCAUGGAAACCAAUUACACCGUAUUUGGAUGCCUCAUAACCACCACCAUUUUUCCCACCAUGCUAAGUAGAAUGGUAACUUAAAUCAGCUUUACCAGAGAUAAAUCCACACUAGAUGUGAUAGCCCACCGCCAAUGAAAGAUGAUAUAACCAAAUGAGCCUUAUAAUAUCAAAUGUUGAAUUUCUAAUAGCAAAUGGAGUGUUAUAGCCAUCUGAGAUCUAGAGCAUCAUUCUUAGAAUAACCUAACCAGCAUUGUUGGACCUGCAAGGUAUAAAGGUGACAUUCAUUCUUUAUUUUAGAGUGAUAAAUAUGAAAAUAUACAUAUGUAGUAAUAAAUUUGAAAAUAUACAAUUUCUCUUAUUUCUUUUUGCAUCAUCUUUCAUUAAAGGUCCAUUAGAUUGGUUAUAUUAUUGUUCAACAUCCUAUAUGUGAAAGAAGAAGAUAACUUUGUAAGAUCUAUUGUUAAUUUAUUUUUAGGUAACUAGUUUAUAUUGGAUUGGUCUGGAGAUAGAUGAUUAUUUUGUAGAACAAUCUGCAGCACAAUAUAAUGAAGUAGUAAAUGCAUCGUCGACUUGAGAAUAAGCACAAGGUUCAUCAGCACCAAAUACAGUAAAUAAACUGGUCUAAUUAUAUUGUCUCAAUAACAAGUCAAGAUUGUGGUGCACAUUUCUGAAUGCGCAAAAUAAAGUUAAACAAUCAAAACAAAUAAAGAAAAAGUCCAACUAUUCUUUAAGCAUGUAUCAUCAAGGUUUAUAUCAAUUCUAUCCCAAUGAAGUAUCUUCCACUUCAUGCAUCAUUGCAAGUGUUGAAGCCCAAGCUCAUGAAAUCACUACCCUGGAUUGUUGUUUAUCCAUAAACACCCAACAGUAACAAUUGAUAAGUUAUACAAAUUAAAUGAAUGAAUCACUAAAAAAAUA